AUGUCUGAUUCAGAAGCUGUAGUAGAAAAGAGGCGUGGACGCCCAGCAAAAGACAAGUCUGAGGACUCUGUUAAAGAACCCAAGAAACGUGCACGUGAAGUUGAAAAGAAGGACAAAGAUGUUGUAAAAAAAGACGAAGAUGUUCCAGCAAAAAGAGGAAGAGGUCGUCCACCAAAGUCUGGGGCUUCAGCUGGCAAAAAAACUGACAAGCCUAAGAGCAAGACUGGUAAACGUGGUCGCCCAAAGAAGAGUGACAAAAAAGAAAAGGAGGAAUCUGCUGAAGAAGAGGACAGCAAAGAGGAAAACGAAGACUGA